CCGGGCGCGCUUCCCUUCCUUUCGCAGGUGAAGGGGACCGGCAGGCAGAUCCUGGUGCUGGGCCUGGACGGGGCGGGGAAGAGCAGCGUGCUCCACUCGCUGGCCACCAACCAGGUGAAGCGCAGCGUGGCGCCCACCGAGGGCUUCAACGCCGUCUGCAUCAACAGCGGGGAGAACCAGAUGGAGUUCCUGGAGAUUGGGGGCAGCGAAUCUCUGCGUUCGUACUGGAAGAUGUACCUACCCAAAGUGUUGUUGCUCAUCUAUGUUGUGGAUUCAGCUGAUCAUGCCCGACUGCCUGUGGCAAAAGAGCUGCUUCAUCAACUGAUCCAGAACAACUCCACCCUGCCGGUGGUGGUUCUAGCCAACAAGCAGGACCUCGAAGGUGCAUAUUGCAUCACAGAUAUCUACGAUGCUCUGGCACUGUCUGAUAUUGGAGACAAGAGGAAGAUGUUCUUGCUUGGUACCCACGUGGCAGAGGAUGGCUCAGAGAUCUCCUCCAGCAUGAAGGAUGCCAAGGAGCUGAUAGCACAGCUGGUUUUGGAAGUGCAGUGACAGCUCUUUUCCUACAGCACAGUAUUUGCAGCUGUGGAAGAUGGGGUGCUCAUCUACAGUCAGUUUGCCACAUGGUAACAGAAAUGUAAAGGUAGCUUUUCCUUCUCUUUGUGUAGUUCCUCUGAAAAUCAUGUCUAGUUGGUAGGAAAAUCUGUUUUUAUAGCAUUUUGAAAAUACCUCUGGAAAAUAAUAUAUUCGUAGCAUAUUUAUAGGGGAAAAUGAAACUCUCAGGCAGCAGAGUUAAGGGUAUUUAUAGCUUAGGCUAAGAUAGCAUCUUGCUGGGUUGGGCUCAACUACUGAUUUUAAUGAAACAAAGUUGUAUCCAGUGAGUAAACUGUCCUGAUGUCUCAGGUUUAAAUGAUUAUAGAUAACAGGUUUUAGAGAACCCUGUAGCAGUAUUGUUCUGUUAGAAAUGAGACCCUACUUCUCAAGAGUGUCAGGAGUUCCUUUUUAAGAGAGUGGCAACCUGGUAAUUCCUGGAAAUUGGGCAGGUUGCAACUUCUUUAGUGGAUAGAAACAAGAAAACAAAGGCAGUAAGACAUUAAGUAUUUCUGUUCUAAUUUUUCCCCUGUAAGCAAAGUAUAAUUUAAAGUAGUGACUGAAAGCAGUUAAGGUGGUACCAGAGUGGAGGAUUCCAUCUAAGUGUCUUAUUUUGGUUUAGUCCAGAUUGUGCUACAGCAAGCAGUCUUAUGGGUGAGAAAUUUAACUUUUGGUUUUUUAACGUGAUUUAGCGUAGCAGGUGAGAAAGAUGAGUUGCAGAAGAGCAUUACUUUCCCAGUAUUGGUAUCCCUAUAACUAUACUCUGGUCACGUGACUGAGUCCAAAGAGUGUGGCAAAAAACACUUUUUGUAAUUAAAUUUAUUAUACAAGGGUUUUGUAGUUUUGUCUUUUGGAACUGAUGCAUAAAGCAGAACAUUUUACUCUGA